CCUUAUCUAGCACGUCACUUGUAGAUUCCAUUGUAAUAUAACUAUAUAUCCACUUUGUACGCCCAAUGGCUACCAUUGACUCUACACACUUACACUUCUGGCAUUACUUCCUACGUUUCCCGUCUUAGUUGACAUUUACUGUCGCUCACGGGUCAGAUAGUGUCUAAUGGAAGGCAAUAGUGGUUGUUUAGUGGAGGAUUACGACGGCCUUGAGCACGUAGUUACAAUAUCUGAUGACGGUUGUGGUUAUGAGAUUCGUUGCCAUAAAGAGAGUGAAUUGAUAUUGGAAUCACCUGAUGAAGGGGUUCAGCGUCGUUGUCCAAAGUUAUACAUAUCUAUUGAUCCGCACGUAUCUCUUAUUCUCAACUUAUUGGAGCCCAGUUGGGUUCGUCAUCUUAUAGAUCUUGGUAACACCCGUUGGAUUAGUAGCAAGACUUCCACUGGUCGUUUAUCAUCUCAUCCAGAUUCCUACACUACUCAGGUUAGCGCCACUCGUCGUAGUCAGAGCGCUGUGUUCCAGCAUGGCGAGACUGAGAUUAUCGCUCGUAUAGAGCACCGCGUAUCGCUUAUAGCUGGUGUUAGUGUAGAUCACUUGGAGCGUCUGGUUAUGGUCAAGUACUCACCCGGCGACUACUUCAAGGAGCAUCAUGACGGUGCAUUCCGCACUCAUACGGUACUGCUGUACCUGAAUGAUGUUGAUGGCGGGGAGACAGUGUUCCCCGAGUUAAAAAUCGCAGUGCGUCCUGUUGGUAACAGCGCUCUCUAUUGGAAGAACACUACGGAAGAUGGCGUUGCAGACUUUCGUAUGGUUCACGCUGGCGUGUGCCCCAAGUCGGGGACUAAGUAUGCUGUCAACUGCUUCUUCAACGUGGAGCCUGUACGGACUCAGUAGAU